GCAAUGGCGACAGUCACAUUUUUCAGUUCAGUUUCAUGCAGCUCGUGUUCCUUGCGCUUGUAGGUUAGAUCGUUUGUUGUAAAAAAAACCAAAAAAUAAACAUGAACGGGUCUCCUAGAAAAAAACAGCGUACUGAUGUUCAAGAAAGCAUCGUGACUGUGAUUUUGGGGGCACAAUGGGGCGAUGAGGGCAAGGGAAAAGUGGUAGACUUGCUGGCUACCACUGCCGAUGUAGUUUGCCGGUGCCAAGGUGGAAACAAUGCAGGUCACACUAUUGUGGUGGAUGGCAUCGAAUAUGAUUUCCACUUGUUGCCAAGCGGAAUCAUUCAACCCAACGUCAAAUCGGUUAUUGGCAAUGGAGUAGUGAUUCACCUACCACAGCUGUUUGAUGAAAUUGAAAAAAAUGUGAAAAAGGGCAUGAAAGACUGGGAACAACGAUUGAUCAUUUCCGAUAGGGCACAUUUAGUAUUCGAUUUUCAUCAAGCUGUUGAUGGGCUGCAAGAGCAGGAAAAGAAUCAGAAAGGCCAAGGGCUUGGAACCACCAAAAAGGGAAUUGGUCCGACAUAUUCAUCAAAAGCCACUAGAAAUGGAAUUCGUGUGGGAGACCUUUUAGGGGAUUUCGAAAAGUUCAGAGAAAAAUUCAAGACCUUGGUCGCAACCUACGAGAGGAUGUUUCCGAAUCUUCAAGUGAACAUAGAGGAUGAGUUGGUACGAUAUGAAAAAUACGCCAUAAAAAUUAAACCUCUGGUAUACGACACGGUUUCCUUCCUUGAUAAAGCCAUUAGGGAAGGUAAGAAGAUCUUGGUUGAAGGUGCCAACGCAGCAAUGUUGGACAUCGACUUUGGUACUUACCCAUAUGUUACUUCGUCUAAUUGUACAGUGGGCGGUGUUUGCACGGGAUUGGGAAUUUCUCCUAUAAGAAUAAGCACCAUCGUUGGUGUGGUAAAGGCUUACACGACGAGAGUUGGAGAUGGACCAUUUCCUACAGAACUUAGCAAUGAAAUAGGAGACCUAAUGCAAGAAAGGGGCGGAGAAAUUGGCGUCACGACAAAGAGGAAAAGGAGAUGUGGUUGGUUGGAUGUAUUCCUAUUGCAGUACACCAAUAUGAUUAAUGGCUAUACAGCUUUCUGUGUUACAAAACUGGACAUUUUGGACACACUGAAAGAAGUAAAAAUAGCUGUGGGUUAUAAUUUGAAUGGCAAAAGAAUUCAUUACAUGCCUUCUACUGCUUCAGACUUGGCCAAAGUAGAGUGUGAAUAUAUUACAUUGCCAGGCUGGGAAGCUAGCACUGAAAAUGUGAGGGAGUUUAGCGAUCUGCCGAAAAACGCUCAAAGCUAUAUAAAUAAAAUUGAAGAAUUAGUGGGAGUUCCAAUUAAAUGGAUUGGAGUAGGAAAGGGAAGAGAAUCAAUAAUAAAAAUCAACUAGCGUGAGUAGCCAAUCGCGCUAGUUGAUUUUGAUUUAUUUAUGAUUACGUAUUCAUUAUUAAGGUGUAAAAGAAAUUGUAAAAUAGCUGUUAUUAUAGUUCGGAAGCGCAAAUUACUUUAUUUAGUUGGUAGAAAGCAAUUCACAUACGUCGCAUAAAGUAUUACUAAAUAAUUAAUGCCUAAUUAAUCAAGAAAUUUUGAGAAUAAAUAUUCCUUAGGAUAUUGCAUAUUUACUGAAAUAAAUCCUAUAAAUAAUUUUGAAGAUACUUCAAGAUAAGUAAGUUUCAUUCAUGAUUUAAUAAUGAACAGAAAAUAGAGUAUUAAAAGUCAAAUAGUGUUAUUCGCAUUAUGUUGUUAUAUGUUAUAGGCAUUAUAUAAAUUAAAAAGUUAUUUUUUGCCUAAGUAGUUACCAUGCUGUUGGAAGCUGCCCUUUUCUUUUACUAAAAUUAAUUUCUAUUAAUAAAAUUUUAACGCUGACCUGAAUUUUGACGCUUUAAAGCUGACUAUUGUAAUUUAUUGUGUCUGGAUCAUAUAAGUUUUUUGUUGGGCGGAUAUUGCAUAGUUAUUUUUGCUUCAAAUUUGAUUCACAUACCGAAGCUACUGCAUAUUUUAAAUUGCAGAAUUUAACUUAGAAAAGAUAAAAAUGAUGAAGACUAAAGUAAAUUCGCCUGAAGUAUAUUGAUGGGUCAGCAAAUAAAAGCUAUUUCUAAUGGAUUAUGAUUAUCACUUUUUCUUUUGUAAUAAUGAUUAAGUAUUCUCUGUUCUGUGUUUUAUUAUUGCAAGCCAAAUCUCUUUCGCACAUAAAGGUAACCACAUGAACUAGAAUGUUUUGGUUGUAUGUUCUACUUAGUUUAAAUUGUUGAAACUGAAUAUAGCGGAUACCGACAUUUCUUAAUUGAGGAUUUGUUAGUUCGGGUGUUGAUACAGAGAUAUAAGAUAUCAUAUCAAACUUUGGAAAGCCAUUUAAUGCUUUUUAGCUAACGUUUUAGGAAAAUCGUAGUUUUUCCAAAUAUUAUUGCGAUUUACAAGAAAUCUAAUUUUGCUCACCAAAAACUGAAACUAAGUUUUAGGUGUUUCCGUCAUUUUAAAUAUUCCGUCAAAGUUUCCGUCAUAUUAAAAAUUAUUAUAUUCGAGUAGUCUUGUUCAAUGUUUUAUUUUAGAUUUGACGUUUUUGUUUUAAAAGAACUUUUUAGAUUCAAUUUGAGUAUAACUUUUUAUAUAUGUAUAUUAUUAAUUUUUCCAAAAAUAUACGUAAACUUUGUCCGUUAUUUUAAAUAAAAUUAUUUUCUUAGGAGAUGUAUUAGUAUUGGGAAGUAUACGGAACCAGAUCAAUCAAUACCUUACAUCUUUUUAAUGUUAGAAUUAGGAAUAUAAUAUUUUUGCAGUUCUGCGGCAAUAAUUACCCAAUGUUUUUUUGAACCACAAAGUUGUUUAUGAUAAACUUGGUUCAAUAAGCUAGUAAGUGGCUUAUGGAAGUAUUACCCAGACUACAGAAAUGGUUUUAUUUUAUAAAAAUAAUAUAUUUUUGAUGCUAAUGUAUUGAACUAAUUUUUGUGAUUUAUUCGUAAUUUUCUGUUUGAUUUUUUCACGUACAGAACACAAGUUUCUAAGUAACUUUAAUCACCAAACUGUAAUAUUAUAUUAGAUCUUCUCGAAAUAUGUGAAACAAUAAUUGUUACUUAAUAAAGUAGGGAAAUAUCCAAA